AAUGAAAAGGAUAAAAAAAAAAAAAAAGCUUUCGCCUUCCUCUUCCCUCAGGUUCGACGACGUGACCCUCACCCGCGACGGACGCAAGAAAUUCCACAUCGUCUUGGGCGACGGCGAGACGCACUUCGUCGUCGUCCGCUCCAAGAACAAGCGGAAGCAGUACUUCCUCGGAUUCUACGUGAAGGAAUCUGGAAUCCUUUCCAAUGACACGGACGGGGUCAUAGGUCAGUUCAUCUUCAAGGAAGUUAUCUCUGUCUCGGAGACCAUCCUCACCACCAGCCCGAAAGGCGACCUACAGAAUGUUGUGCGGCUGUCCGUGCACCGCCACACCCCGACGAAGCGGCUCCACCUGUCCGAAACGUCAGGCAUCAUGGCCAAGCGGCGGUCUUCGCUGAGCAAGAAGCAAGUGCAGUGCAUCCACAUCCGGAACAGCGGCAGGGGGAUUCUGAACGGGUCACCUCGCGAUUACGUGCUGCCCUGUCUUUCCUGCUGAUUUUAACCCCCGUCGAAGCAGAAUUUUCUUAUCCUUUCUCUUCUUCUUUUCUUCUUAUCCUUGUUUCUCUCUCCCUUUUUUUUUAAAUCAGGAUAAACUAUAUUUUGCGUUGCUGAUCGUUCUCCAUUGGCGAGCGUAAUAAUGGACUCUCUAUCGAUUCUUUCGGCGGGUUCUGUUCAGAUUGUGAGAGGUCCGACCCAAUAAAUAUAUUCAGAUGUACAAACAUAUACACAGAAAUAAAUGUUUAUCUAUCAGGAAUAUAUACACAUUCGCCUAUCUAACUAUACGGUAGAUAUGCUUAUCUAGAGUGAUAAAUAUGCAUUUAUUUCUGUAUAUGCGUGUCCGUGUCAUAAAUAUGCUUUUGGUUGGUUGUCGCCAAAUCUUUAACAGACCGGCAGUUUGAAGAACAUGGGAAUCGCUGUAAUGAUAACUUUCCUAAUAAUUAUAUCAAUAACAAUACUAGAUCUACUCGCACUACUAAUUUUAAUACUCAUACUAACGAUAGUAAUAGCGAAGCAGUGGUAACAACAGUAAAGACGGCUACAACAACGAUAAUGAAAAUAAAAUCGAUUAUUAAGCAAAGAAUUACACGUAUACAAAAUAUGCAUGCGCUAAGUACAUUUUCAACUAUGUUAGAUUGGUCUUUCAUACAUGAUAUUCGUAGGAUAAUAAAAAACAUUGAGAUCGUACAUAUCAUUGAUUUAACAUGACUUGGAAAUAACACCGUAUCGAAUAUUUCAUUUCCUUUCCAGAUUUUUUUUUUUUACUCCAUUCAUUUACGAAGCUAUGUAUUCAACGGGUUAUUUUGUCUUCAUUUGAUGUAUAAUAACAAAAACUAACAUAUGUUUGUCCCAAUACUGUUCUUACUGAGGUCGAGGACAUUGUUUUUAUUCCAAAAUCUGUUAUAUAAUGAGAGUAGUUAUGACAUCGACAGAAGUGUAAGGAUAAUGACUGUUCAAAGAUUGUAUUCACUUUUAUCCUAGUUAUAAUAUUGGCAAAGUAUCAUUCGGAUGUGUAUUGUAUAAAUGAAUAGGGGCUCAUGUAGACUGUAGAGGACUGGUUACUGAAACAAUAUUGUUUAUUCUACCA